GGGGGAGACAGUACUUGCAUUUCUGCUGUCACUGGACCCCUUCGGUGGGCAAAACAGUUUCUGAACAGAUGAAUGGCCAGCACAAAUAGAAGUAACUUCUCUAUCUCCACCCCCCUGAAGACUGCUUUUCCUUACAGUCACUAGAAAAGAAUAUGGCUCAAGAAACUAAUCAUAGUCAAGUGCCUAUGCUGUGUUCUACUGGAUGUGGAUUUUAUGGGAACCCUCGUACAAAUGGCAUGUGUUCGGUAUGCUAUAAAGAACAUCUUCAACGGCAGAAUGGUAGUAAUGGUAGAAUUAGCCCAUCAGCAACUUCAGUUAAUAGCCUAACUGAAUCUUUACCAGUUCAAUGCACUGACGGCAGCAUUCAGGACGUUCCAUCAGCUCUAGACUCUACACCUACACAGCUAAGUCCUGUAUCCAGUCCAUCGUCACUUUUAGCAGAAUCUGUAGCAACGUGUGAAGUGGAAAGUACGGACAUAGUGGAUAAAACCGGACUUGAAGGAGAAGAUGUACAAGAACCAACAUCAGUGGAUCUUGCCGAGACAAUUUCAAUAGACAGUACCGGAGACGAAUUUUCGAUGGAUAACUCAGAUUUACCUGACACUACCAGGGGCUCAGAAACAGAAUGCGAUUAUGACGGGAGCCUAGACAAUAAUGUAGAUGGUCCUGAUUUCCUGGACGAGAGCUCGAAAGCCAAAAUGAAGAGCCGUGAUACAGAUUUAACACUAACCACAGUAGCUUCAGCAUCAGAUAGUGCAGAACCUUCCUCUGAAGAACAAGGUAAAUUGCUCGACAAACCCAAACAGAAAAAAACUCGCUGUUUCAUGUGCAGAAAGAAAGUCGGUCUUACUGGGUUUGAGUGCAGGUGUGGAAACGUUUACUGUGCUGUACACCGUUACUCAGAUGUCCACAGUUGUUCUUACAAUUACAAAGCUGAUGCAGCUGAGAAGAUCAGAAAAGAGAAUCCUGUAGUUGUCGGGGAAAAGAUUCAGAAGAUUUGAACUGCUCCUGUAGCUGGAAUAUUAAAAUGUUUGACCAUCUGCAGAUGAAAAUUGACUUGAGCUUUUUCCCCUCCCUCUCCACAAACCCCCAUACACAACCUUUCAUUUUUCUGUUCCACCCCUUGUUGACUUCAAGAACAUAGAGGACAAGUGUCCCAAAUCGUGCAUGUCAUCAAAAACAUAGGGGGUUUUUUCUCCCUUCUUUUAGCACAUGACAAACCACCUUCUUUAUUUCAGGAUUUGUUUUUUUUUAGUUCCUACAGAUGAAGACAUAAACUUUACACAUGCGAUCCACUAUGAAGGCCUAUGGAAGCUGGCGAAUGGAUACCAUGGCUCUAAAAGUAUUAUCAUUUAAAAAAAAAAAAUAGAGUGCGGAGGGCUUUCUCUAAUACCACCCAAAGUUACAUUGGAGGGCAUCCAUGUUUUUCCCACUUCUCGUACUAAAUGUGCAUGCAUUAACUCAAGACACUUCUGUUCGUUUUGUAUAUAGCUUUUCUUUUUCUCUCUGCAGCAAAUUUCCCCCUUCCCCCCCCCCCCCCUUGGUAAUGCCUUGUAUGGCACAACUAGCAAUCAAUAACUGAAUGUAUUUAAUCAUUAAGGCUGCUUGGUUUCCCCCUCUUAACAAAAAUUUAUACACAUGUUAUCAUAAUAGCUUGUUUGCACCCACUAUCUAUUUAUGUAUGCAUCGUUCGUAUCCGAGUGUGUAAGAGAGUGCUGAGAUUUUAAAGCGUGUGUGACUUUUUCUCUUCGAAGAUAUUUUCUAGGUUUCUCUUCCCCCUUUUCUUUUUCUCCCGUGUGCACGUUGAGAGUUUGCCUGCUUGCAGAUUUCCUUGGGAGUUGUGCUAUUAGGUCUUUUAUGUGCACCAAUGCAAAGAAUGAAGAGCUUUUAACCGUAUUGUAUUUAUGUUCAUCCACGUCUUUAACUUUGAUUAAAAUAAAAUUUUUAAAAAUUGGGA